AAAAUAAAAAAUUUACACCUAAAUCUCAUCUUAGCUCGCAUCCACUUAGCAAUUAUCUUUCUAAUCCUGAUAUUGUUACACUUUCAAGACUUACAAAAUCUGAUAAUAAUCAUUCUGUUUCAUUUUGGAAAACACUUGCUGAAAUGGGUGAGCAUGGCACUUUUAAUAAAAAAAGAGCUUUUGAAGACCUGUGUGAAGUUAUGGUUGAAAUAACAAAACAAUAUAAAGCAGGAAAAGAUUACAAAAUUUAA